AUGGAGAAGGGCAGCCCGAGGAUGACGGGCGGAACCCGGGAGGCACCGGUGAACAUCUCCCCGGCCGUGGCGGCCAACGCGGAGGGCGAGGAGAUCGAGGUUCUGGAGAGCACCGACGUCCUUCCCGUCCCUCCAGAGGAUCAAUGGAAGUCUCUCUUUGACAAGUACGAUCCUGACAAUUCGGGCUUCAUCAGCACGGAGCGGUUCAGGGACCUGUUGGCGACUCAUGGCUCGGAGCUCGACCCUCACAAACUGGAGGUCCUGUUGGCGCUUGCCGACGGAAACGCUGAUGGAAAGAUCUGCUACCAGGACUUUGUGAACUUGAUGAGUAACAAGCGCUCCAACAGUUUCCGGAGGGCCAUCCUUCAGGGGGGCAGGCAGAUAAAAGGCUGCAGUCUCAGAGAUGAAGUGGGCCUGGGAUUGCCCCAGCGGCUGGUUCGCCACGUCGCCUACGAGACGCUGCCCCGCGAGGUUGACCGCAAGUGGUACUUUGACAGCUACACCUACUGCCCCCCUCCCUGGUUCAUCCUGGCGAUCACCAUUGCUGAGGUAGCUGUGUUCAUGUAUUACGGGUUCCAGCUGGACCGCCUGGUCCUCCAGGUGUCCAGCCCACACUUCCUGAAGAGCCCCCUGCCGUACCACCCCCAGCUGAGGGCCCAGGCCUGGAGGUAUCUCAGCUACAUUUUCAUGCACACUGGGAUUGAACACCUGAGCCUGAACAUGGCCAUGCAGCUGCUGGUGGGAGUCCCUCUGGAAAUGGUGCACGGUGCGCUGAGGAUUGGCCUCGUCUACGUGUGUGGCGUGUUGGCAGGGUCUCUGGCGGUGUCUGUCACCGACAUGACGGCUCCGGUGGUCGGCUCGUCCGGGGGAGUGUACGCCCUGGUCUCAGCGCAUCUGGCGAAUGUAGUGAUGAAUUGGUCGGGAAUGAAAUGUCAGUUCAAGUUAUUCCGGAUGGCCAUGGCUCUGGUGUGCAUGAGCGUGGAGUUCGGUCGAGCGGUGUGGCUGCGGUUCUACCCCCCGGCCGCUCCUCCCUGCCCCAACCCCAGCUUUGUGGCUCACCUGGGGGGGGUGGUGGUCGGCCUGACGCUGGGCGUGGUGGUCCUACAGAACUACGAGCAGCGGCUUCAGGAGCAGUCGCUGUUCUGGAUCUUUUUCUGCGUCUACACUUUAUUUGUGCUCUGCGCCGUCUUCUGGAAUGUCUUCGCCUACAGUCUACUCGACGUGCGACUCCCGCCGCCGCCUUGAGGCGUUCGAGGAUCAAGUUCAUCCUUUCCUUUUCCAACGGGAGACGCCUGAGCGCUUGGCUGGAGGAGUCACGUCAGUCAUCUGUGUGCGAUGGGAGUCAAGUGACAGCUACCUUCCUCCUACACCCAGGAUCCUGGAAAAGCU